CAUCACCAAAGCUACCAAACACUAUCUCAGGACGCCUUCUGGUGGCAAUAUGGUGGUUAGGAAUCAUUGUUUUGAUGAAUGCAUUCAGCGGACACAUGAAGGCCAGCAUGAUGGUGAAGGCAGACUUUGACAGGAUCGACUCUCUGAAAGACUUGGCAUUGAAGUCGAAAAUAAUUCCUCUAGUAUGGAAAGGAACUGCUUACGAGUCUUAUCUAGAAAAAUCCACAUCACCAGACAUCAAACAAAUCUGGAAACGGUUGUACGAACACAAUGGUCUCCUGUUACCUUCAGAACUUUACCGUCAAGACAAUCUCGAGGCACUCCAGAAAGGUACCAACGUCAUCAUCAGUGACGUCAUCACCAUGAGGUACAUCGUAUCCAACGAAUGCUCAAAGCUUCCGGAAGGGGAGUUUUAUUUCGCCAAGGAGACAUUCUUUCCUCACACUUUUGUAAUGGCAAUGAGGAAAAAAUUACCAAAACGUAUCCAGAAUGACAUCAAUAAAAGAAUCCGUUGGAUGGUCGAAGCAGGCAUGGUGGACAAAUGGUUGGAUAAAAUGAACGGUGAUCUUGAAAGAUGUUUGGACCAAGAUGGAGGAGACAGAGCAAGGGCUCUGGGAGUAGAAGAUCUAUGGGCCAUCUUUAUUCUCUGGGCUAUUUGUAUUGCCAUGGCAACUGCUGCCUUUGUGUUUGAAUUGCUUUUCUAUAAGCUCCGGACCAUUUCGAAAAAACAAACUUUGAUGAACUUAAAGGCACAGAGAUAAUUAUGCAAAUAAGGUCACUGAGAUAAAUGACAUCGCUACAGACAAUGAGAUAAGUUAUUCCGCUAAAAGCACUAACCUAAAUUAUAUCGCUAAAGGCACCGAAUAAGAUGUAUCACCUUAAAGGCACCGACGUUGCGGAAGGCACUAGAAUAAGUUAUAUCGUGAGUACAUUUAGCAUGUGAUCUCACACACCAGAGAAAACAACAUGAAACUAGAAAAUAGUUUAAAAUAACAUUUAUGCCUGUCUGUUUCUGCAAGUUUCAUUGUUUUCUAUCACAUUGCAAUCUGUAGUACUGUUUCCACUGAUAACAAUAUUUCACUUUAAAAUAACGGUUUAAACAUUAGAAAUACGUGAUUCAAAUUGUGUGUAAUGAAAUUAUGUAUUUAUCGUUCGUGUAUUUUUCAAGAAUUAAGUUUUACUUAUAAAGCAAUUGCGUAUAGAGUGCUUUGUUAAUAUUUUCAAGAUAGUUUGGUUUCUACAACUUUACGUAUAUAAUAUAUAAAAUGCAGACAAUUGAUCGGAUGAAGUAAAGAUAUGUAGGUGAGUGUUAUAAGUAUUGUUCAGCUGGUAAAAGUAUUAUCUUCAUUUAGUCUAAGCUA